CCGGGUUGGGCCCUGGAUCCUGUGCAGCUGACCCCCAGACCCCCAGGGCCAACCGAGUCCUGGUCUUCAGAUCCCUCCAAUCUCCCUCUUGAAUUUCCCCAUCCACGUCAACAACUUAUGCAUCCUGUGGUUCCUUUCUGGUACACAGGUUCAGCUGGAGAGCUGCCCCCAGGACCAGAUCUUUGGGACAAGCCUGACCAGCAUGAAAGUCAGCCAGAGGUGAUUCCGGUGGUGGAUUCCCAGGAUCAGCAUCCAGAGUCCCCUGAAGAGCUAGAACCACUUCCAUUGAAGCAGGAGGUUUCGUCUCAGCCUCCAGAGCCCCCGGAGUUGGAUGAGAACUACAAAGACCUGCAGGCGGCCCUGGCUGAGCCUUCCUUCACUCCUGAAGAGGCUGAGCCUCCAGUCCAGGAGGAAGCCCCAGCUCCAUCUCCAGCGCACCCUCAGGGGACACUUCCACAUCCCGGGCAGGUUCCCAGUCAGCGUCCAAACCUGACUCAGGUCACAGCUGCACCUGGGGACCUGGACAUUUCCGUACCUCGGCAGCCAGAGCCAUCUGAGACAGGUUUUCCAUCACUGACUCAGAAUUCAGUGGUGACCACCACAAACAACAUAUGUGAGCUCUGUAGCUGCACAGACGAGACGCUGGCAUGUGCUGGUCUCAGCCCAGAGCAGAAGCUCCAGAGUGUGCCCGUGCCAGAGCCCAACGCUCACAAUGGCACCUUCAUGAUCUUGUAAGAACCGCCUCUCUUCAUUUGUUCUCUGCAUCUUGCCUGACCUGGCAGCAUUUUCCUCAAGGACUUCCUGGCCCCUCAUUUCCAUACCCUGUGUUGACUGAUUUUGUUUUUAUCUUUUGUUAAUUAUUCCUUGUCUUCCUUUUCCUUCUUAAUAUUGUUCUCCCUUCUUCAUUCUUUUACUUGUAAUUGCCCUUAUUCUUUUUCCUUACCCACUUUUUUUAGUUCUGUCAUUUAAGUCUUUAACCUCUAUUCUACCAUUUUCCUAUCAUUUUUAAUCCAUCUUCUU